AAGGGGAUGUGCGUGGCACAGUUUUAAAUGCCCACGAUGGUUUCCUCGCUGUAGGGUCAGACCCCGCUGCCCAAAAGGCCCCGCAGUGUGGGGGUGAACCAUUUGGACGCUGCACAUGAUGAGAACCUGUAAGGCACCUUCCAGUGGAUGAAGAUGAGCCUUUCAGUGACCGAGCUAUCUGUUCCAGACAGCCUCCACACCUUACUCGAGGGUGUGACCACAGCGGUCAUAAAACACAAACCAGUAGACACUGCAGAGUUUGUAGCUCUCUAUUUCCAAGACUUCAUUGCCUUUCAUAGAGACAAUCUAAAUUUGGACUUACAGGAAGUGGUGAAAAAAUUUGAUUUCAAGUACGAAAAUCUGACUGGGGAACUAGUAAGGAAGGCAUCGUACCACAGAGACACUUCACUGUCUAAUGAGCCCCAGAAAAAGGAAGCCUCUACUGAUACAGAGGAAGAUCAACUUCUUGAAGACCUUGCUAUCGAGUAUAGCUCCAAAGUAAUUCAGUGCCCAUCAGCUGUCAGUUCUGUUGCAGAAAACAAACCCUCCACUGGACCUGAUGGAGCUUCAUCCCCUGAGGGCCCUGAACUUGCCUAUGUGCCUGCUGAUCCCGAACAGCUCGCUGCCCAUGUGCUAGGUAACAGUGAUUCUGCUUAUUCUGUGAGGGAUGUGGCAACCAGCGUGCAGACUCUUGAUGAAGACUCUCAAGCCUCAGAGAAUUCGUUUGCACUAGUAGACAAUGCUGACGAAGAUGCUGCUGCUGCCUUGGCAGCUGGGGCUUCUGUCGAGGCUGUCAGGUCACAACCAGGAGUGCAGCAUUGCUCCUCCGUGGCUGGAGAACCAGGGCCCUCAGACAGCCAGGCUGAUGUCUCAACAGAUGAUGUAAAACAAGUUUCCUCAGUCCUUUUGCAGGAAGAACCAUUACCUUUUCCUCCACCACCACCACCACCACCAUCACUUUCUUCCCAAGGGCAGUUGCAGGCUGCACCUUCUGGCAGUGCAGCUGAGGCUAUCUCAACGACUGAGGGGUGCAAUAAGCCGCUGGUGGAUGCAGAGGUUCCACCUUUCAUAGAGCAGUUCCCAGAGAAAAUAAUCAUUCCCUUUAUAGAACAAACAGCUUAUCUGUUAAAGAUUGAGCAGCCAUUAAAUGCAAGCCAGGUCUCCUGUGCUAAGACCUUAGGUCCACCUGCUGCUGCUGCAGUGUGCCAGCCUGAGAGAACGGAAUCCACAGCACACAUGGAGUCAGCUGAGCAAGUUUAUGUCAUGUCAGCCAUGGCGUCAGGGGAAGCCGGACAGCCACCACCAUAUUCUAAUGUGUGGACCCUCUAUUGCCUAACUGACUUGAGGCAAGGUCAAAAGCCACCAUCCCCUGGCCAGCUGCCGCAAGUGUCUGCUCCAAUUUACGCGAUGCGAGAAGAAAACAAGAGGGGAGACAUUCCAGCUUUCAUUUUAGUGGGCUCUACGGUUCAGACCGGGCGGGACUGGCAGGCUCUUCCUAGCCACGCUGUCUUCACACAGCAAGGGGCAGGUGCCAGGAGACUCACGGUAGUCCCAGUCCCCGUAGCCAGGCCAGCUGAUGAGGAAACAGGCAGGCCGGGUGUGCCAGACUUUAUCUCGGUUGCCAUCUCUCUGGAUAACGUGAUGUCUGCCAAGCAAGGCUGACCAGCUGGCGACACGCACGCAGGGUGAGAAGCGAUGCUGGCUGGCCUUCAGGCCACCUUUGUAAGGAAUGGAACAACAUCUUAAUAACUGCUUUAAAAAAAUGACAGCCAUUAGAAUUGCAUCCUGUGCAUUUUAUACUUUUCUAGCCCAGCACAACGUACCCAAUGUAACUUUCAGCAGGCACUAUGAAAAUGCACUCUUGCAAUAUGACCAGAGGCAGCGGCUGCAGCUGUUGUGUUGCUGAGUGCUCCAGCUCCUUCACUGUGCUAACGGUGUAUGCA